GUAUCUUAACAAUGGAAUUUAUAAAGAAAGUGCACGCGUCUAUUUAAAGCAAGCCGACUGCCUUCAAGUAAUGAUAAAAUGUUGUCUCUGCAACGCAGAUGCAUUCACAAAAUGGCCCUCAUAUACCAAGCACUUAGAACUUCACAAGCAACAAAAUUCGAACAUUUUAAAUGCUAUGGACGAUGACAACGACGAAAUACAGGCUGAAGUUGAAGUUGAAUUAUCCAAUCUUAGAGCAGCUGGUGAGCCUAUUGGGGUGGAACUGCUCCCCACAGAUUGUUUUGAAGAUGAGGAAACUAUUGGUUUUGGCUUGGAUGACGAUGAUAAGCGUGAAGACAUGAUCAGAGGAAGUGGAGGGGAAUCCAAGCUCCAGGAUAUACCCUAUAACGUCCGCAACACCCCCAAUCGCCCUUUCUUUAGCCUCUCUCGCACAAAUCCUGAACUAAUGCAUGACUUUAUUGCACUUAUGCACGCACAUGAAUCCUACUGGCAUGCUAAUUACAAGGGUGCUGAGUACGUUGCGAACCGGCGGGAGAGUGCAGAGCGGAUAAGCCAAAGCCUGGCUCAACGCUGGCGGGUGUCAUUUUUGCCAGAUGUCGUCAACACUAGCAUACGUUGGCUGCAACGAUGGUUCGCGGAGCAGUAUUUUUCAUUCUUACGGUUCGCCGAUUACAAGUGUCCUUAUCCAAUAUAUUAUGAAAAAUUAUUGGAGUUCUUGCCCACAAGUCACUUGUGUGUGCUAAUUUGUGAAAUAUGCUCACGGCGUUUCCCAACCGAAACCCUCCUGCAGAUCCAUAAGAAGAGAUCCCAUCGUGCAACCAUAUCUCAUGUGUGUAGGAUAUGCAACAUAAGUUUCUUAUAUGCCUCGAAACUGCGAAUCCAUCAGUUGCGCGAGCACAUUAAAUCAAACAAAUGGCAGUGUCAACAGUGCAACUACAAAGCCUCGUGCAAGUGGGACUAUAAAGCACACUUUACUACCCACAGCGAAGCGCGGAACUACGUAUGCGAACUGUGCGGAAACACGUAUAAGUCUAGCACAGCUCUGAGUGUGCACCGUCGUAGUCAUCAGGAACCUACGAUGCAGUGCAGCUACUGUAACCGAAUGUUUCAUCAAAAGCACCGUUUGAAAAAGCACAUUGAACGAAUGCACGAGUGCGAAAAUGCUAGAAAUUUUCCCUGUGGCAUAUGCAAGCGAAGAUUUAUUACUGCCGAAGUUUUGGAGCUGCAUAAAUUAAUACAUGCCACAAAAGAUUCAGAGUAAUCAACGAAUGGUCUGGGAAUACAAACGAAACCUUCAGAAUAAUUAUUGUUAUGGGUGCCCAAUUCUUAAAAGACAUUUACGUUCUCGAAAAAAAGCUAAAAAGUUGCUGAAAUGUAUUUUUUAAAUAAAUAAUAUAUUACACCUACGUUGCUAUGUACA